AUCGAAGUCCUACAACUUUAUGUGCUGUUAACCCAACAUCGAAACGGGAAAAGACAAUACUUAUUGAUCCCAACACACCGACCUUCACCAAUAUAUCUUUGUCAAUUCUGCCUACCUACCUUACCUUUCGACACUCGACAGAUUCGAGAAAAAUGGAACAAGACACGAGAAAAGAGGCCGCGGUCGAUCGUUUAGAGCCCAAUCAUGACCCGGCUUACGGCAGAAACACAGUCGACCAACACCAAACCACUCGCAUCACCGAGGUCGAUGGUGCAUUACACGGGCUUCAGCUAUGGAUCGUGAUUGGAGGCAUGAUGCUAGGAGUGUACCUCGCCGGCCUCGACCUGACGAUGCUCUCGACUAUUGUGCCCACCCUAACAGAUUAUUUCGGAACUAUCAACGACGUGGCCUGGUACGAGUCAGCCUACGUGCUUGCUGUUUGCGCGUUCAUUCCCCUGGUGGGCAAAAUGUACACUCUCUUCCCCAACAAAUCUGUCUACCUGGCUUUCAUGGUCGUCUUUGAGGCAGGCAGCAUGAUAUGCGCCAUGGCAACAUCAAGCCCAGUCUUCAUCAUCGGCCGAGCCGUCAAUGGCAUCGGGUCAGCCGGCCUGCUCAGCGGUGCUCUCCUUAUUAUCUUUGCAGCCUGUACUCCCGCCAUUCGGCCUGUUGUCACCUCCUUUGCCAUGUCACUCAUAUCGGUUGGAUCCAUCACUGGUCCGCUUAUUGCCGGCGCGCUGACUGACCGUGUCUCCUGGAGAUGGUGCUUUUGGAUAUUCCUCCCCAUCGGUGGAGCAGUCAUGGCCGCCACCUUGCCCAUCUUAAUCCCCGAGCAGUCACCAAAACCGCCAGUCCGCGAAGCCAUACAAGAUUUGCACAGAAAACUCGAUGUUAUCGGUUUCAUCAUCUUUGCCGGCUUCACCAGCAUGCUUCUCUUUGCCACAACCUGGGGAGGUGGGAUGUACCCGUGGUCAUCGCCCACAAUCAUUGGCCUGCUCUGCGGAGCAACCGCUCUCGCCUUCGUUUUUGCAUUUUGGAUAAACCGAGCAGGGGAAGACGCGCUGAUCCCUCUAUCCUCCCUCCGUCGGCAGUCCGUGGCUGUCGGGAGCGUCGUCAUGUUCCUCCAAGGCGGCGCCACACAGAUGAUCCCAUACUUCCUACCGUUCUGGUUCCAGGCGAUCCGCGGCGACUCACCGAUUACCAGCGCGGUGCACAUGUUGCCAUCGCUGCUGUCCAACAUUGCGGCCCUGAUUGCCUUUGGGGCUUUGGUUCGCAGAUCCCACUACAUCCCUCCCUGGUCCAUCGCAGGCUGCACCCUCGCAAGCCUCGGCUCCGGCCUGUUGACUACUCUCUCCCCAACAACCACGACGGCCGAAUGGAUAGGCUACCAAAUCAUCACACACCUCGGCCGAGGCAUGGCCUUUCAAGCCCCCGUUGUCUCAGUCCAAGAACAAGUCCCAGCAAGCGAGGCAGCCACCGGCCUGGCCGUCAUCAACCUCUUCAUGAAUCUAGGCUGUGCCAUUGCCGUCGCGGCCAGCCAAACCGUCUUUAGCAACCGGCUCCCCGGCCUGCUGGCACAGCACGCGCCGGGAGUCGACGCCAAGGCGGUGCUGGAUGCAGGCGCGACGCGUGUCAGGGGCCUUGUGGCAACUGAGGACCUUCCGGGAUUGCUGCUUGCGUAUGACAAGGCCUUGACAGAUAUGUUUUACCUGCCGGCCGUCUGUUCUGCGUUGGCGUGCCUGGCCAGCUUUGGGUUGGAGUGGAGGAGGAUUGAAACGGAUGAUAAUCGGAAGAGUGAUGGUGAGAACCCGGAUAUGUCCGGGAAAGGCUCCUCGUCGACCUCAGGCAAUGGGUCGUCAUCGGACACGUAAUGCCUGAGCUGGGGUCUUCGACCAUGUCGCAUGCGGACAUAAUACGGGAUAUGGUAUAGUGUAGUGACAUACACUCCAUUUCACUGGAUUAAACGAAGGCAAAGCUUCCUAAUCUUAUCGGAAAUGAAACUAGUCACGAAUUCC